AUGGCUGCACAGAAGCAGGCCCUGAGAACCAGAGCAAUAGAGGCCCACAUCUACCACACUGGACAAGACCCCAGGUGCAGACUGUGCAAAGAGGCCCCUGAGACAUUCAGGGACAUAACUGCAGGAUCAGAUAAACCCAGAGCCACACUGACAGCAGAGAAAACAACCAUACCACCAGGGGGCAGUGUUAGACUGACCUGCUCUGUGGAUGGAUCUGCUGACUGGAAGUUUGACUGGUUCAGAAAUAGGCAACAAUAUUCUGUAGACCAGACCAGAGGAAACAUUGAUCCAUACAGAGUCAUCAGCAUCUCAGAGGGAGGUCUAUACAGCUGCAGAGGAGGAAGAGGAGAUCCAGUUUUUACAACAGAAACAAGCAAAGAAAUCUCUAUUUGGAAAACAGUCUCUAAGCCCACUGUGACCCUUCAACCCAACUGGUCUCCAAUAUUCAGAGGAGAGAAAGUCACUCUGAGAUGUGAGAUCCAUGGAGAUGGAGGAGCUCAGUGGACGUAUGAAUGGAGACCAACCAACAGAAACUCUCCAACAUCCAGUGAAUACAGGAUCAACACAGCUACUGAGUCUGGUGGUACAUACCAGUGUAGGGCUGAAGGAGACUACCAGAUAACAGACUGGAGUGAUGCCUUCAGACUGACAGUUAGAGGUAAGUCAGACUGA